AUGAGCAUGUUCGACACGGAAAGGUUCAUCGAGGAGAUAGAGAGGCGGCCGGCGAUCUACGAUGUGAGUCGCGGCGAGUACAACGACCGUAACGCCAAGAUGACCGCGUGGGACGAGGUCUGCCAGGUGAUGGUACCGAAUUGGGCGCACUUGACGGACGAGGAGAGAAACGUGGAAGAGAAAAAUCUGCGCGGAAAAUGGAGAAACAUACGGGAUUAUUUCAUGAAAGAACUCAAGCUUCAAAAGUCGCACCAGUCCGGGCCUGCCGGACGAAAGCGAAAAAAGUAUAUGUACUUUGAUCGAUUAUUGUUCCUCAUGCCGACUGUGGAGAACAAGAGGGGUUCCGCGAUUCCUAUUGUUCCUUGCAAAUCGGAGGAAAGUGAGGGUGAAGUAGAUAAUCCCGUGAUUGAGGAGUACGAUCCCCUUGCUCACAGUGGUGUUUCUAUAACGAGUAACCGAGAGUAUCUUCAAGCGGGCACUCCCUCGUAUAAGGUGUGUCCGCGUUAUCCGAAACAGCUCUGCGAGACGUCUUUCACGCCCUUCGACAACGAGAUACACGACAUCCUUUCUUCGCACAGCAGCCAACGCGUUACCCUCGAUGAGGAUGACUACGAUAAAAUGUUCCUUCUUUCCUUGCUGCCGAUUAUCAGACAAGUACCAGAAGAGAAGAAGCUGGACGUUAGAAUACAGAUGCAGCAAGUUUUGGCCAUGGCGCUCCGCCCAUCUGAUAAUAAAUGAACUGUUUGAUGCAUUUUUUAGGGGACAGGGAAAGAGGAGAGAAGGAUAAAGAAAAUUACGGAUUACGACGAAUAAGAAAAUACAUUAUUUUAUAUAUUUUUUAAUC